AUGGCUACGGAUGAGGAGCAGGCGGACGAGAGAACCCAUCUCCUCGUUCGUGACAGAAGGCUCAGCUCCCUGGCCGCAGAAGCAGACGCUGCUUCAGUUGUCUCCUCUCAUAUCAGCAAAGAAGAGCAGGCGUUGGGCGAUACCGCUGUCGGUGAACGGCUUCCCUACAAUGACUACACCACGAUUGACUGGCUUCAUGACUUGGUCAAAGACUCGUACAGAUACCGCUCCGUGCACGGCGAGAAAGGCGUACGCAAUAGACUCUGGGCGCUGUUCGACUCGUGCGAAGGCUGGAUUGCAGCGGCAGUCAUUGGCACUCUGACGGCAUGUGUGGCUUUCUUGGUGGAUAUCGCUGUUGCCACCAUUAGCGACUGGAAGAUAGGAUAUUGCCAAAGCAACCCGUUCGCGAGUAAAGAGCUCUGCUGUACGUCGAAAUCGCCAUUAACUCCUCUCGCCGAUACGGGGGAAACCUGCUCUUAUUGGAGGGACUGGACGGGCGAUUACUGGUAUGGAUUUGGAAUCUACGUGGGUUUCGCACUGCUUUUCGGAAUCAUCAGUGGGACAGUCACAUUGACCACGAGAAGAGCACUUCCGGCAACCGCUCCAGGCGCCGGAGACAGUGGACCAAUGCAAAAAAACGCUGAUCAAGCGAACAGCGAGAUCCUGAAGCCAACGUUCGCUGGCAAGUCAAUCUUCAUGGCCGCCGGGAGCGGUAUACCCGAGAUCAAGACCAUUCUAUCCGGCUUUGUCAUUCCUCAUUUCCUGGACCUCAACGUUCUCGUCGUGAAGGCGGUUGGGUCAGUCUUCGCUGUGUCGACAGGCAUGUGUUUGGGCAAGGAGGGGCCUUUCGUCCACAUUUCAACCUGUGUGGCGUACUUGGUGGGAGUCCGGUUCUACAAGUACAAAGAGAAUGGCCGUAAGCUCCGAGAGCUUUUGGCUGCUGGUUGCUCGAGUGGCCUCUCGGUCGCAUUCGGCGCCCCCAUUGGCGGUGUGCUGUUCGCGUACGAAGAAAUCUCGACAUACUUCCCGCGGAAAGUGCUUUGGCGCGCAUUUAUCUGUUCUCUCUUCGCGGCAAUGACACUCAAAGCCCUCAAUCCAACGGGCACCGGCAAGCUUGUACUCUUUGAGACCAACUAUGGCACUACGUAUCGACCCUAUCAUUACAUUAUAUUCGUGGUCUUGGGUGCUGCAGGAGGCGUCUUUGGAGGCGUCUUUUGUAAGGCCAAUUUCUUGUGGUCUCGCAGUUUUCGGAAAUACACCGUCAUCAAGAACUAUCCGGUCCUCGAGGUCGUCUUGGUUGUUCUCGUCACAGCCCUUUUACAAUAUCCCAACCCGCUGGCCCGAGACCCUGGCGAUGUUGUCAUCAAGAAUCUUCUGGUCGAUUGCAACGAAAGCUCACGAACAGCUUACGUCUGUGUACAGGAAGGGUACGAUUCACCGUCGCCAAAGUACUUGGGCUGGCUCGCCUACGGAACACUCGUCAAGCUGGUCCUGACCAUCAUAACAUUUGGUAUCAAGGUGCCGUCAGGAAUCAUUAUUCCCGCUCUCGAUGGCGGUGCCUUCUUCGGCAGGCUCGUCGGUCAAGUGCCUUUCUUAGCGAAGUCUAUCUCUCCCGGCAUCUUCGCCAUGGUUGGUGCCGGGUCUUUUCUGGCCGGAGUCAGCCGAAUGACUAUUUCGCUGGUGGUUAUCAUGUUUGAGUUGACGGGUGAACUCGAGUUCAUCGUGCCAAAUAUGAUCGGCAUCAUGGUUGCCAAAUGGGUGGCAGAUGCUCUUGAGCAAGAGGGCGUAUACGAUCUUGCACAAACAGUCCUCGGGCAUCCCUUUCUUGAUUUGGACAGUGGCAUGAAGCUAGUUCAGCAGGAUGCCCAUCUUGCUGAGGAGCUGAUACCUCCCCCUCAAACUAUGCACGAGAUCACGGUGGACGUUCCGGAAAGCGGCAUUGUCCCCCGAGUUUUACUGACCGAGAAGCUACAGCUCCUCCGCCGCCGGGGUAUCAUGGACGCUGGUCUUGUCUUGGUCCAAAAAGCCAUUCUACGGGGCUAUCUAGCGCAAGGAGAACUCGAGUUCGGGUUAGAGACUCUUGGUCUGACGUUCCCCGCAGGCUGCGUUGUUCGUCUUCUGCCUGCCGUUGCUAGUGCACAAGGACAAAUGGGGAACGGGGGGGAGCUCGACCUGUCGCAAUUCAUAGACAGGACACCAUUGACGAUCUGUGCCAAAGCGCCAAUGGAGUUUGUGGUGGAGAUGUUCAGCAAGCUAGGCCUCAGGUAUUUGUGCGUCACGGAAGAGGGGAGCGGGUGGCUUGUGGGAGUUAUCAUCAAGAAGAGGCUGGUGGUUUGGCUGGAAGAUUUGAAGCAUUGA